AUCAUCAGCCUUGGAUCGAUGUCCUCACACAAGUACGCGAGCGCAUGUCCCAUCCGAGAUAGCUACUUUCAAUUUGAAGCACCUUUAACUGCGGCUUUACCUCACAUUUAACAAGGACAGAUUCGUAUAGUUACACAUAGGUACUCUGUAAGUUUUUUAAACUUUUAACUUUUUGCUCGUGAGGAUAUUGACGGGACCAUGGCCACACCGACGGCGCUGAUGCCUUCGCCUUCCCUGACGCAUCCACUGCAAAUGUCUAAUUCAACCGGCAGUAACUCUUCAACAACGGCGUCGUCGUCUUCUUCUCCUCCCCCUGCUCCUCCAACAGUUGUGGCUGCAGGACAGAGCCUGUUUCGUUCGGAGCUAAUACCCACCGGCAGCCCAGGGCUCACGAUUGGCAGCCCUCCGAAUAAACCGGUGUAUUCGACACCGUCUCCUGUAGAGAACACACCGCAGAACAACGAGUGCCGUAUGGUGGAGGUGAUGGGCGCACGGCUCGCUUCUUUCACGGUCAGCGGGAGGGAGCUCAUCUGUCUGCCACAAGCAUUUGACCUCUUCCUGAAACACUUGGUCGGGGGACUGCACACGGUCUACACCAAACUCAAGAGGCUGGACAUAACACCGGUGGUCUGCAAUGUAGAGCAGGUCCGAAUCCUUCGUGGUCUCGGAGCCAUCCAGCCUGGAGUCAACCGGUGCAAACUUAUCUCGAGAAAGGAUUUGGAGGUUCUCUACAAUGACUGCACUAACGCGAGCUCCAGACCUGGCCGACCCCCCAAGCGCUCCCAGAGCAUCACCUCCCCCGACAGCCCCCACGUCCUGCCAACCUCCCUCUCAGGGCUCAUAUCCUCAGGGAUCAUGCCUCAUACAGGCCUAACGGCAGCCACCCUCGCAGAGGCCAUGAAAGUGAAGAAGAUUAAACUGGAGGCGAUGGGCGGUUUCCACGGUAGCAGUAACCAUGGAGCAGAGUCAGAGAACGGUGACAUCAACUCAGGCAUAGGUCUGGAGCUGCCUUUCAUGAUGAUGUCACACCCCCUCAUCCCGGUCAGCCUGCCCCCCGCCUCUGUCACCAUGGCGAUGAGCCAGAUGAACCACCUCAGCACCUUCGCCAACAUGGCCGCCGCUGCACAGGUCCAGUGCGCACCCUCUAGGAUGACCACGUCUGUGAUUAAGGAGCGUCUGCCAGACAGUCCGUCCCCCUCCCCCUCCCUGGAAGAUGGCCGCCGGUCGGGCAGUCAGGUGUCGUCCCACCAGAGCAGCAGUGUGUCCAGCUCCCCCGCCCUCACCGAGAGCUCCUUGGACCGAACACAUAUUCACCAGAACGGCUUAUCUUUGGGUCACGCCCUCUUGGGACUGUCCCCGAGCGGUCCCCCUGGGCCCAAGGAGGGAGACCUGGCCACCCACGACAACAGACAACAGACGGAGGUCAAGAGGUCACCCAUAGAGAAAGUGACCCGACUGGCGUUGACCGGAAGACUCUGGAAGACAGACUUAGACCAAUUUUGGAAAACGUCACAUGAGAGUCUCCUGUGUAAUCCGACACUGAGGGAGGGCUAUGAGAGGGUUCCCCCAUCUGGCCAGACACUUCCGCUGGGGUUCCCCACCCCUCUGCUCUUCCCAGAGGGACUGUCAUCCAUCGAGACCCUCCUGACCAACAUACAGGGCCUGCUGAAGGUGGCCAUAGAUAAUGCCCGUGCGCAGGAGAAGCAGGUGCAGCUGGAGAAGACCGAGCUGAAGAUGGAGCUCUUCCGAGAGAGGGAGCUGAGGGAGAGCCUGGAGAGGCAGCUGUGUGUGGAACAGAAGAACCGAGCACUGAUUCACAAGCGUCUGAAGAAGGAGAAGAAGAGCAAGCGGAGGCUGCAGGAGGCUCUGGAGUUUGAGUCCAAGAGGAGGGACCAGGUGGAGCAGACGCUGCAGCAGACCUCAGCCCAGGCCAGCCCCGCCACACCCAACGAUCCGUCCCCUCAGGAAAUAGAGAGUGACCACAGUGAUGGCAGAGCUGAUACUGACAGAGCGAUACAAGCUGGAAGACUGUUUUUAAAGGGUGCUGUGAUGUACUGAGGAGGAGUGGAGUGAAGAUGACAGAGGAUGUCAGCCAGCAUGUGGGAUGAACGGCGUCCAACAGGCCAGAUUAUCACAAAACGGACUGGACUGAGCCCGCCGGGCCUCAGCAGUAAAAUGGACUCUACAAUGACAGGGAAUUCAGGUUGCGGCAUUGGCAGUCUCAACACACCUUUACUAUCUUUCCUAAAGAUGCAAUCACAUCCGACCAGUGUGGUGGACAGAGUGUUUGAACGGUACAUUGAGUUUUCGUUUUGAAGACAACCACUGAAAAGUUUUUCUGGUUUUCUUUUUUGCUCAAGGUGAGCAUUCUGUUCUAAAAACAAAUAUUGUGUGUAUUCAAACCAAUUUUAGGUUGAUGGCCAGUGAGAAUAAGUCAGAAAGAAGGGAAGCACUUAAUGUACGGAGAUUGAUAGCGGGCAGGCAGGAGACAUAGUGUCCAGAGGUUCAUAAUAACUGGGUAUCCCUUUCCGGUGCUGCCAAUUUUCCUUUACCGAUGAAUAACUCCAGAAGUGUGUAAAGAGACCAGAAUAGUGUAAAAGACUUUUCCAGUGUUGGCCACCAGUUGGUUUAUGCCCAAAGGACAGUACACCUUUGAUUCCUUGCAGGAAAAUGUAACAAUCCUUUGCAUUUAUUUAGCUAUUUAUCAACAAAGUAUCAAUUAUCUAUUUGACUCUUAACUGUAUUUUUUGGCGUGUUUGUUUAAUCGUCUGUUCCUUUGAGAAGUCUGAAGGUUGUCAUGGCUAUUAUUUGUCAUUGUAAAUAUGUGUCCAAGGGAAAUAUGGUUGAUAAAUAUGAUACAUGUACAUAUAGUGUAGACCUAACAUGCACUGUAAGCAGUAGAUCUGAUAGUAAAAUGAUGAAAACUCUUUAAUGGAAAGCCUUGCUUAUUUAUUUUUAUUUAGGUAAUUCCUUGUACUCACCAUGUAUGGGUUUUUUUUUUUAAGCAUUUACACACGUUUUUAAUUUUGACACGUGAAAAAGGGAGGGGACAUCUUGUCCAGGACACUAUGAGGAAUAAAUGUCAUUUGAACUUUUUCGAAGCCAUGGAGUGGAACAACAUGGAAAAAUCAUUAUGAAUAAAUCAUUGGUUCAAACUGAA